UUUAACCAAUUAAUUUUUUUCUUACUCGAUCCGACUCCUACUUCCUCGACUCCUUUAGAUAUCUUAUAGAGGGUUAUUAAUGGCGCGUGAGUCGCGCGUUUAUUGGUCCAUUCCUUGUGCCUCAAGAAUCGAGGAGAAGGAGGACGUCGCCGUGUACAUGGACGGACAAAAAAGGGGGUGUUGGCUGUUUCAGUAACGCUGUGAACAGUGACGCUAUCAGUUCCUCUCUGCCUAUUUCUGAACCACCACAUGCCAUCAAUAUAGAUUUCGUGAUUGGUGUUGAUCGAUUUUAUUUAAGAGGAUAUCUUGACAAGUAGUGGAGAUAUGUCGUCGACAUUGAGUUGGAUAUUGGUCGUGUUUGGCGUGAUCGUUUCGAUUCAAUCAGGUUCAGCUUUACGAUGUUGGGAUUGCGCUUCCAACACCAAUCCUUUAUGUGGUGAUCCGAUGAACGUCACUGAUCAUCAUGGCACAUUCCAUACAAAAGUAUGCGAAUCUGGAACUUACGAGACGUCGAAACAAAUUUGUCGAAAAAUCGUGAAAAGAGAAAAUGGCGAAAGAGUAGUGAUUCGUCAAUGUUCAACACCGAACGUCGACGAAGCGGACAUUGUGGAUGGUUCUUGCAGCGCAACCGCGACUUCAAUUCGAAAUUUAAUGGAAUGCUAUAUUUGCAGCACAGACCUCUGCAAUUCCGCAAUGGGAGUAUCGGUUACACAAUCUCUCUUCAUGGUCACGUUGACUAUUAUCGGCUACCGUUACCUACAAUCGAAAUACAUCGCCCUUUAAUGAAAAACUUUACACUUAACCUAUACACAUUUUCCACUUUGAAAAAUAACCGCGGAGUAAGUGUGCCAUUUUAAACGAUCUUAAAUUAUUACCAUCUUAAAUUAUACGAAUUGAAACGAAGGUUCGAUUAUGUGUGUUGAUUAAUAACAAAACUAUUGGUAUAUUGGUAAUAAUUAUUGGUAGUAACAAAACUAUUAAUUACUAAUCCUAGAGAGCGCAAUUUUAAAUAAUUUUAAAUUCAAAAAUAGAAUAAGAAAAAUUCCAGUAUCGUAAUCUUGAUUAAUAAUCAAAUUAUAUAUAAUUGGAAAUUAAUUAAGUCUUCAUUCGAUAUUGGAGAGAGCGCCCUUUUAAAAGAUCUUAAAUCUAACAAUAUGUUAAUGCUUCAUAAAUAAAUUUUAUCACAUGUAAUUUACUUCUUAUCGCGAUUAUAACCAUUUUUUUGGCCAAAUUAUCGAUUAAAUCGCUAUUCUAGACGUGUGUAUCUAUUUGAAAAUCUUAUUAAGAUGAUAAAACGGUGUAUUAAAAUGAUUUUAAGCGCGCACAAGUUUGUUAACUAUUUUAUAGUUAGACAUAGCUCGUUAGUCACGUAUUAAGUAGAACAGGUUGACAUAUAGUGGAGUAGUUACAUCACCGUGCUGAAAGCUUUAUUUAAUCUAAUCGUCUAUUUAACGAUAAUACGAUUUCCGUAAAAAAAAAAGUAAAAAUAAAAAAAAAUUUAUAUUAAAUGAAACGACGAUUUUUGUACAAUAUGUAUAUAGAUUUAACACGUGUGACGUGAUUGUAUAAUAAAGGAUUGUUAACUCGA